AUGUUGCUCAACAAACUCUUUGGAGUUUUUUCUCCUCCCAAAAGCCUUGUUUUAAUGCUUUUAAAACGAUCCGUCCUGUGGCCCUUCAUUGAAGAAAUCACCACCGAUCAAAUUGAAUCAAAAACCAAUCAUCUAUCCUCUCAGAAUCAUCAUGAUGGUUCUCACAUCUUUGAAAUUCAUUCCUUGACUUUAAAAACCGCCGCCUUGAAUCAACAAUGUUUGAGGAGUAGAAAUUUGUUCAUUCAACGAGGAGAAAUUCGUUGCAUUUCGAUUUUUAUUUCUCUCAAUAUGACUCAUGUAGAGAUUGUGUUGGAUGGAGUGUUUUUAGAUGUGCAAUGGAAAGAUUCAAGUCAAGGUAUUGAUUGCAAUAGUGAUGUCAAUUUGGAAAGUUCACAACUACCUUCGAUCAAUUAUGAAUUUGUGAGCAGUUCUCACUGGUCUGGAUUUUCAGAAAAUAAUCCAUCGUCACCACUGUGGAGUGGGAUGGACUUGUCUUCACCCUUGAAUGCAGAUAAUGCUUCUCCCCCAAACAGUCUGUCGAAUGAUCCUUAUUUCAAACAAGGACAUGAAAUUCUAUUCAAGACAGUGGACACUUUAUUGUCGAGCAUUUCUGUUUCGAUUCUCAAUGUGACAGCCAAUAUUAACAUGCCUAACGAAGAUGUUUUAUCUAUUGUGAUACCACAUAUUGAAUAUGCAGAUAAGACAGAUCAAUUAUGGACAAGCUCUGAGAGAAAGAGUUAUAUUUAUUCAUUGUAUGUGAAAUUUGGAUUUUUUGUCCGAGUAUUAGAUGUUCACACAGAAAAUAUCAUGAAGAGUAAUUUAUUGUAUACCAAUGGAGCACUUGAACUGUUGGUACGUGUUGAUUCCUCCAAAAAUCUUCUCGAUAUUUCGUUGCACUGUGUGGAGGCGAGACUUUUCUUGAAUCCAAAUAGCAUUGAACGGUUGUUGAGAAUUUUUUCGUUUGUGUUUAAGAAACAGCAAACGUCUCCAUUCUCUCCAAAAGGACAUGUGAACCACAAUGUGAAGAGAUCAGUAAAUACUGAAGUUCCCUCUUCCCCCAUACGAAAAGAGCUUCCCAUGUAUGACGUCAACUUCAGUUUUACGACAAGGAAAAUUAUUGGAAUUCUACUGUUUAGAGAUCAAGUCGAUUUAGAAUGGGAGCAAACAUACGGAAAAGUCUCUCCAAAGAAUCUCUCGGUGCCUUAUGUGGAAUGCCAUUUGAAUGAUCUCAAUUUGUCUUACAAAUCUUCUUUCAAAGGUCACUCACUUGAUACAAGAACAACCUUGAAAAUUCAUGAAAUACACAUUUUCGAUCAAGUGCAUUCACAUGAAACACCUGAAGCACACAAUGAAAUUGAAGAGUCUGACGUUAUCUAUCUUCCAGACGCUACAAAAUCAACAAGUAUACACAUUUCGAGAAUUAAGGUCUCCAUCAAAUUAAUUACCUUAAUAACAGAAGGAUUGGGAUUAUUUUUUAAAAUUCAAUCGCUGCAUCAAACCUAUUUAGGAGAAAUGAGCAAAAAUCACUACAUGCAUGUGAAAACUGCGAGAACGAGUAACACCAUCACGGAGUGCCCAAAUAUUUACAUUGGAUAUAUUCAUUGUGACAUUCUUUCAGAAGAUAAUAUCCCAGUCAUGAAAGUAUGGUUAUCCAUCAUUCAGUCACAGUCUGAUUUUACGUUUGACAUUUUUUCCACACGGGUUGAGUUGAUGAACAACAGUGUAGAUAUGUCUCUAUCGAAUAUUGUAUCAAUUUCCAAACUAUCACUCAAUAUUGCGAACCCUUCUCUUACGAUUCAUGCCAUAUGCUUUGAGCUUUCAAGAAAUGACUUUCAUACAUUGAUGCCAAUUUUUCAAGAAAUUUCAAGUGUGAUAUCUUGUGAGCUUGAAAAACAUUUGUCACAAAUUACCUUCGAUAAUUCCCAAGCUCGAGAAUUAAUACAAACUUCUACAACAGGUGAUAAUUUUUCAUUACAAUACUCCUUUGACACAAUAGAUAUUAGACUUUUGAAAACUGGAGACUACUCUAACAUCACUAAACGCUACCUUAAACUCCUAUUGAAACAUGUGCAUGGAAACUAUGAACAAACUUCGGCCUUACAACAGGCUAUCGGCAGUAUCUCUAUUGGAACAAUUGAACUUCUCGAGUACAAUUCACACAAGGUGGCGACAUUCAUCAUUUCUCAACAACCUCUAUUAGCCAAACCUUUUCAAAACAUUCAAGAAAAUAUGAUUCAAUUAGUGACCAGAAAAGAUGUGCACGGAACAAGUGUCACACUGGAUACCAGUAAUUUAUUUAUAGAUAUUUGUGCGGACCAUACUUUAGAGAAUGUUCAAUUCUUGCAGGAUUUCUUUCCAAACGCUUCAGAUCAAGACCAUUCACAACUUGAAACGAUGACGAUAACGCAAACACCUGUUCACAACAUUCUCCACUCCCUUCAACUAAUCUUUCACAACACCACUCUUGCGAUUCGCUCCGUUCAACAUGGAACUCUUCUCUUGUACAUUCGAGAGUUAAAUUGUGCCUUAAACUCCACCUUUAAUUCAUCAUCAAAAAGAGGUGACCAAUGGUCUGUGAGACAUCCUUCAAUUGUUUCAUAUCCUUCCAUGAAGACAUCCACAGAAGAGUUACUGAGCUCUACUCUUUGCAACUCUUAUUCUCUUAAAUGCACCUUACAUGAAUUGGAGAGUCUUGUAGGCCCUUCACUAUCUGGAAGCUCAAUGUCUUCCACACUGGCUUUGGAACAUUCAAAUUUUUCACUUGGAUUUACUUCGAAAAUGAAAUUUCUUGAAUUUACAGAAUUGCUCUCAUUGGAUCACAUUCAAAUAGAUGGAACGUUGAAGAAGAAUUCUUCACAGCUUUCUCACUUGAAUAUUUCGAAUGGAACUUUUCAUAUUUUCCUUCAAAAGAAUUCCAUUGAAAGACUCACGAGUAUUGCAACAUCCAUUUCAGAAAAUAUUCAAAAUGCAUUUCAUUCCGCUUCACUGUCACAGCAAUCCGUUUAUGUGUCACCAGUCGUUGCAGCUAAUCAUUUAGUCCACGAUAAUUACACAACGACCGACGAAUUUUCAUUAUUGGAAUCGGAGGAAACAUUUAGAUCCACGAUGAAGGAAAAAACAGUUGAAUCAACGGAAGACGAUUUUGUUGUACUUGGACCGAAACCCUUGAACAUUUCUGAAAAUUAUUUUGCUAAUCAAAAUUCUCCAAUGGAGACACAUUCUUUGAAAUCGGUCAUUGCACAACAAAUCAAUAUAAAGUCCAAUGUGGAUAUAUUUGUGCACGUAUUUGAGAAUCAAAUAGAAAAAGCAUGUGCAAUGAUUCAAGGCCUUGGAGUGAAUUAUUUAAUAUUCGAACCACUCAAUCAUUCAAAUGAGAGUGAGGAUGAUGAAAUUAUUGAAACGUCUUCUCUCACUCUCUGUAUUGCGGACUUGGAGAUUUAUGACAUGACAAAAACCACAAGUUCAAAAUGUAAAUUACUCACAAAAUAUGUGACACGAGAGGACACUCGAAAAUUUGCAGUACUGGAAAUGAAACUUUCAAAGGAUGUGAGCCAACGAACAAGAAUUGAACUUGAAUUGGAUGUAAUUCCAAUCAUGCUCAGUGUUCAUGAACAUUUCGUUGACUUCGUCACAAAAUUUUUCGAGAAUUCUGAAUCUCAUCUCCAAAUGGACUCUUCUCAGAAUUCCAGUUCGACUUCCAUGUCAUGUCAUUCUGGCUGUUCAGAAAUCUCAAAAGAGAGUUUAGGCCAUCAAGAAGAUACGAAACAAGAGCAAGACGACAUCCAUGAGGAAGAUCAUUCCGUUGCACAAGAUACUUACAUUUUUGAGCAUGUGAAUAUUGAAACGGUUGAAGUUCAUUUAAAUUAUUAUCCUUCAGCAUUGUCACUUUUACCCAUUCCACGCGUUGAGAAUGCAUGCAUGAAUUUCACACGAUUUAUAGUUCCAAGAGAGAAUCCCAUUUUUGGUAAAGACAAACUUGUGGAAUGCAUCACACAACACAUUUUAAAUCAUUUCAAAAAUCCAGUGGAUUUAUUCAAGUUACUUUUGGGAUUAAGGACUAUAAAAUCAUUGUAUAAUAUUGCAGUAGGAGCUUCAGAUUUGAUUGUCAUCCCAUUGAGAGAAUAUCAAAAAGAUGGAGGCAUGUUGAGAGGUGUUCAAAUGGGUAUUUCGAACUUUUUAUCGACUGUGACUGUGAACUCGACCUUGUUCACUGCGGCAACCGUGGAUAGUAUGCACAUGUUGUGCACAAGAGUGGAUAAUUAUUUAACAGAGGACGAGAAAGUGGAAAUUGGUUCUGUCUCUUCUUCUAGAAAUAACUCCUUGAGACGGUAUGUCGUACCGGCAGCAUUGAGUGAAUUGAAACAAGGAAUGGUUGCUAUCAUUUCACUUCCAAGAUCCACCAGUUCGUUGGCAAGAAUGAUUGUUUCUCCUCUGAGAGGUGUGACAGGAGCUUUAUCUAUCCUUUUGAAUGGAUUGGCUGAGAAGGUGAAUGAUUCCAUGAAUGGUAGUGGUGGAUCAGGAGCAAAGGAUUGA